CUCCCGCCCUUUUCCAUUCCCCUCCUCGCCACCCCCCGUCUCUCUCAGCGCCGCGGAAGCUUCCAGAACCCUCUCAACCCCAUGGCUUCCUCCUCUGCGCCGCCGCCUCUCAACUCCGUGGCUCCCUCCUCUUCCUCCUCUGCACCGCCGCCUCUCAACUCCAUGGCUUCCUCCUCUGCGCUGCCGCCUUCGUCGUCGCAGCGGUUUGUCAUGCCGCCCCGGCUCGAGCUCGGGUUCGGGUUCGGAAACCCCAGUCCCAGCCACAACCCCUCCGUCGAAGACAGGGUGGCACUGCUCCUCAGGGCGGCGUACGACGGCUACCUCCCCAAAAUCAAGAAGCUGGUGAAGCGGCUCGAGGAGCAUUCAGGGAUGAGCGUGGCGGAGGCGGUAGCGGGGGUCGAGGUCCCGUGGAGCAAAGGCCACGGGCCACUGCAUAUGGCGGCGUCGGCCGGGAAGGUGAAGGCGUGCAAGUUCCUGAUCAAGGAAGUCCAGCUCCAUGUCAACGCGAUCGGCACCGAUGGGGAACAUUUAAGUCAUGAUAGCAGUUUGAGUCAUGGGCUCAUGGCUCCUGCUGUUUCGCUUAAUCUUAUGCCACAAUACAGGAUACAACUCUGUGGUGCGACACCUCUAUAUUGCGCAGUAUAUGGGAGUGGAUCUUUAGCUGUUGUGAAGUUUCUUCUCGAUCAUCAGGCUAAUCCAAGCAGAGUAGACAGUCAUGGGUGUUCUCCUCUCCACAUUGCAGCAAUUCGAGGUAACUAUGAAAUUGUGGAGGAAUUAUUGUCAAGAGGAGCUUGUGCUGAUCCUAUGUGGGAAUGUAAAAGUCCACUAUAUAUUGCUGCCCAACGUGGACAUACAAGAAUGAUGGAAUUAUUGCUGCGUCAUGGAGCAGAACCUAAUAACAAUUUGGUAUAUACACCACUGAAAGCGGCAAUCUUCGCUCGUUCAUUGGUAGGCAUGGAAUUACUUAUCAAGGCUGAUGCUGGUGUUAAUUUUGGUCUGCCUGAAACUCCACUGAUAGCAGCUGCAGCUGCUGGCUUAACUGACUUCGUCAAGCGUUUGUUGGAAGCUGGUGCCAAUGCAAACACGCCUGAUGAUAAUGGUAGGAUUGCGAUAGAAAUUGCUGCAAUCCAAGGACGGCAGCAAUGUGUUGAGGUUCUUUUCCCUUUCACGGACCCUUUGGCUAGAGUUGCAGACUGGAGCAUUGAUGGAGUAACUCAACAUGCAAAACUUAUGAGUUCCGAGCCGCAAGAUCCUGUGUUCUAUGAAGUUGAUGAACCUGAUUAUGAAGCAGAAGGGGAUGCCGCAUCCAAUGGAAGGGAUUAUUCCCGUGCAUUGACUCUCUAUACUAUGGCAAUGGAAGUUGACCCUAAUAAUGCAACCUUGUAUGCAAAGAGGAGCCUUUGCUUUCUGAAUUCAGGACAUCAAGCAAACGCUCUGGAGGAUGCUACUACCUACAUAGAUAUGCAGCCGUGAAGGACCGACCAUCCGUGAAGAAAGGUUGUUAGUGUAAAAGCUAGAAGAAGAAAGCCGUUACUGCACAGGCAAGGUCAGGUUAAUAGCUGUUACUCGUAGUCUUAUAGUAACAACUGCACAGGAAAGAACAGGGAUUGUUAGUUGUUACUACGAUAUACACUGCAGCGCCACUGACAUGGUAAAUACUGACGAAUGAAGCCUCCGUCGUAAAAAAAAACUGCGGAGCUCUGUGUUUCCGUAGGAUACUGCAUUUUUCUCUGUAAAUUGUUCAUGCUUUUUGUAAAGAA